GGGAGGGAGGGAGGGAGGGGAGCUAGAAGAAAAGAAAAAGGAAGGUGCUCCGCCCCCACGACAGGACACGAGGGCUUCUUCUUUAAAGCAUCAAACGAACCGAAAUUGUCGCCGCCACUUGUUCAAGAUCUCGCCUUCACUCUCCGGCUUGUGCGUUCCUCUCUUUCUCUCUCUAGAAUCAAUCUGGCGGUAGAAUUUGAGCAGAGACAGAAGGAUGGCCAUUGACAAGGGGAAGUUCCAAGAAGAAGAAGAAGCAGCAGCUGUUGCUCGUUUCCAUAAGAUUAUUUUGGGUUGGGACUAUACACAGCUUUUAAAAGAGACUGAGACGAAGAACAAGAAGGAUACUAAAGCCAAGUUGAGUGUUGUGAAGAAUACUUAUAAAGAUGUUGAUGAUUAUUUUGAGACCUUUGAGCCACUCCUCUUUGAGGAAGUUAAAGCUCAAAUCUUGCAGAAUCAAGAUCCUGAAGAAGAAGCAGCAUCGGGGUCUGAACUGAGAUUGGUAAUGGAGUGCAGCGAGGCUGAUGGGUUUCACAUUCUACAAGUCACUGACGAACGCGAACGCGUGGAGGAUGAUAAUAAAGUUAAUAAAUAUAAGUCUCUUGGUCCAAAUGAUCUCUUAUUGCUAUCUAAAGAAGAGGUUAAAGGGAGUUCGUUUCCUUCAUCUUAUGGGUUUGCUAUUGUGGAAAACCGUCUAAGUAGUACUAGUCUUCGACUUCGGAUGUAUUUAGCUGAAGAGGUGGUGCAGAUAACCAAAAAAACGAAAUCCUCUAGAACAAAGCCCUUUAUCCGAUCUCUCUCAAAUAUUCGUUCUCUUAUUACAUCAUCUGCCAACCUCGUAGACAAAAGGGUGCACACUUUAAAGUUAUGUGGUUUGUCAACCAUUAUUAGGGAAUAUACAGCACUACGAUCGAUCAGUUCGCUUCCUUUCAAGGAUUUAAUCUUUACUGCAGCAGAAAAGUCUUGUGGUUAUGGAGAUGAUGCUUGGAAAAUAUCUGGACCUCUGCAUGAUUACUUUACCGAAAAUCUUAAUAAAUCUCAAAAGGAGGCAAUUGAUGUUGGUCUAUCAAGAAGAUCCUUUGUCUUGAUACAGGGUCCUCCAGGAACAGGGAAAACUCAGACGAUUCUUAGCAUUCUUGGUGCCGUUAUGCAUGCCACUCCAGCACGAGUUCAAUCUAAGGAGCAUGAGCUAAAGCGUCGAGUUCAGAUGACCAUUGAGGAGAAAUAUAAUCACUGGGCAUUAGCUUCUCCUUGGAUUCUGGGUGUCAACCCACGAGAUGCUAUCAUGCCUGAAGAUGGUGAUGAUGGUUUUUUUCCGACCUCAGGAAAUGAUAUGAAACCAGAGGUGGUUAAUGCAAACCGGAAGUACAGGAUACGUGUACUUGUCUGUGCUCCAUCAAACUCUGCACUUGAUGAGAUUGUGUUACGUCUUCUGACUACGGGUCUGCGUGACGAAAACGCCCAGCCAUACGCACCCAAGAUUGUACGAAUUGGUGUCAAGCCACAUCACUCCGUCAAGUCAGUAUGGCUUGAUCACCUCGUGGCACAAAGGCGUGGCUCAGCCAUUGAUAAACCAAAACAAGGAACCACAGGAACUGAUGAUGAUAGCAUCAAGACUUCAAUAUUGGACGAGGCUGCAAUUGUGUUUUGUACUCUUAGCUUCAGUGGGGCUCCAGUUCUCGCUAAAUCAAACCGUGGUUUCGAUGUCGUUAUCAUAGAUGAAGCUGCACAAGCUGUUGAGCCGGCAACUCUUAUCCCCUUGGCUACUAGGUGCAAACAAGUAUUUCUGGUUGGGGAUCCAAAACAACUCCCAGCUACUGUAAUCUCAACUGUUGCUCAGGAUUCUGGCUACGGUACAAGCAUGUUCGAGAGACUUCAAAAGGCUGGCUAUCCGGUGAACAUGUUGAAAACCCAAUACCGGAUGCAUCCUGAGAUAAGAAGCUUUCCGUCAAAGGAAUUCUAUGAAGAGGCACUGGAAGAUGGAGCUGACAUUGAGGCUCAGACGACUCGUGACUGGCAUAAGUACCGUUGCUUUGGUCCGUUUUGCUUUUUUGAUAUACACGAAGGGAAAGAGUCUCAACAUGGAGCAACUGGCUCUAAACUAAACAUGGACGAGGUGGAGUUUGUUCUGCUCAUCUACCACAGGCUCGUUACCAUGUACCCGGAGCUCAAGUCAAGUUCUCAGCUAGCUAUUAUAUCUCCCUAUGGCUACCAAGUUAAAACUUUCAAAGACCGGUUUAAAGAGAUGUUUGGUUCAGAGGCAGAGGCAGAGAGAGUGGUUGAUAUCAACACUGUUGAUGGGUUCCAGGGAAGGGAGAAAGAUGUAGCAAUAUUCUCAUGCGUUAGAGCUAACGAUAAAGGAGGAAUUGGUUUUCUCUCUAACUCUCGUCGUAUGAAUGUGGGGAUUACACGAGCUAAGUCUUCUGUUUUGGUCGUUGGUUCAGCUGCAACAUUAAAGAGUGAUCCGCUCUGGAAAAAUCUUGUAGAAAGUGCUGAGAAGAGAAACCGAUUGUUCAAGGUAUCCAAGCCAAUGAUUGAUUUCUUCAGCGAGGAGAAUCUAGAGACGAUGAAAGUGACGGAGGACAUGGAUAUUCCUGACGGACCAGGGUUUGAAGAUGAAGCUCCUCCAGUUGCAAAUUUCGGUGGAGAUGAUGAUAAUGACUUUGGAGAUGGUGAUCAAGACGAUGCAGCCUUCGCUGAAGAUGACUAAAUCACUACAAAAUCUUCUCGUUAUUAGUUAGAACUUAAGAAGUUAGAGGAUUACUUGUUUGAACAUCAUCAAUAUUGAAGUCUUAAUUGGUUUAAAAUUGGUCGGUUAAUGGUAAACCAAUUAAAACCUGGUCUAUGGACAGUUAAGUUUCAAAUCAUCGGUUUGGGGAGAAA